AUGGGGGCAACUGUGAUUUUUUUAAUUGCUACAAUGGCCAGCUUGGCAAUGGGAUGGGACUACACUUUUCCCAAUUACAAAAGAACUCCGCUGGGGGAUACCGUUGACAUCGCUUCUAUGAAAUUACUUAAGGAAGUGUACGAGUCUGCUGAUGAUAAGAAUGUGGUAGCUUCCCCUCUUGGCGUGUUGACGUUACUGUCGCUCUACGCGUCUGGUGCUGAAGGCGAAAAUCGAGAUGAGAUCAUGAAGUUUCUUGGAUCUUCAGAUUAUGAGCAACUUUCAGCAUCCUACAGCCAAUUAAGUGAAAGAUUUGGAAGAAUGGACCCGAGCUAUCUGACUCUUGCAAACAAAAUAUUCGUCUCAAACCAAUACACUUUGAACGAGAAGUUCUCUGAAUCUGCACGCUCAUACAAAAGCGAAGUUGAUAGCAUUAAUUUCGCUGACACUAAUUCUGCGGCGAAUAUCAUUAAUGAAUGGGCAUCACGGAAUACUAAAGGAAAAAUUAACAGUCCAAUGUCUCCAUCUCAAAUAGACCCUGCAACGGCCGUAGCUCUUCUUAACGUGAUAUUCUUCCAGGGUCACUGGCAUGUCCCAUUCAACGCAAGUGAGACCAAAGAACAAGAUUUCUUUACUACCGUCGCUAAGUCUGUAAAGAAGCCCAUGAUGCAUCUUGUGCAAUCUUUGUACUAUCACGAAGAUAAAGAUAUCGGUGCAAAGAUGAUAGAACUGCCCUACAAAGAGUCUCAGUUCCGUAUGAUCAUAGUACUUCCUAACGAGGUGGAUGGUCUUCCGGAGGUGGUGAAGAAGGUCGCGGAGAAGGGACUUUUGGAAGAUGUCUUCGGGAUGUAUCCAGCAGGAGCAGAUAUAGACCUGGAUAUGCCUAAAUUCGAAAUAAAAUCCAAACACAAUCUUAAUGAUAUCUUGCCUAAGGUGGGAGUGUCCAGCAUCUUCCAGAAAGCUGCAAAUGGUAUAGUGAAGGGAGGCAGUGUGAAGGUGGGCAGCGCAUUGCAAGAAGCUUUCGUUACAGUAGACGAGGAGGGCGCCACCGCCGGAGCUUUUACAGGUUUGGUUGCUGUACCGAUGUCUUCUUGGUCCAAGCCGCCACCUCCAAUACCCUUCAAAGUGGACCAUCCGUUCCUCUUCGCAAUCCUACAUGACGAUAUCAUACUAUUCACCGGAACUUACUCUCAC